CGGUGAUCGCGUAAAAUUCGCAUAAUCGUAAUUCUAACCACGGAAAAAUGACAGCACUGGUUGUGACUUCUAAGCGAUCUAUCUGUAGUUUCUGUGGUAUUGCAAGGCAAAGAUAUGUUAUCAGCCUGAAUAAACGACAAAAAAGAUUUAAAAGUACUCAACUGAAACAGCUGAAACAAGAUGUUGAAUGGCAGCCAGUGAUUGGUCUAGAGGUUCACGCCCAGAUUCUAGCUGAUGGAAAACUCUUUUCCGGAGCAUCGUCAAAAUAUGGUGCACCAGUGAACUCACAAGUUUCUUUCUUGGAUUCAGCUCUUCCAGGAACACUACCUGUGUUAAACAGGCGAUGUGUAGAAGCUGGAGUACUCACGGCUCUUGCUCUAAAAUGUAGGAUCAAUAAGGUUUCAAGAUUUGAUAGGAAACACUAUUUUUAUGCUGACUUACCUGCAGGAUAUCAGAUCACUCAGCAAAAUCAUGCAAUAGCCAAUGAUGGUGCUUUCCGGUACAUAGAGUAUGGUGAACGAGAAGAAGACUGCGUCGAGAAGUCAGCACGUAUAUUACAGCUACAGCUAGAACAAGAUUCUGGUAAAAGUCUCCACGACGAUUUGGAGGCUCGAAGUCUGAUAGAUCUCAAUAGGGCAGGCAUUGCAUUGAUGGAAAUUGUGACAGCUCCUGAUUUUCACACAGGAAAUGAAGCUCGGUCAUUUGUUAGAGAACUCCGUCUGCUGCUUGUUACACUUGGUACAUGUAAUGGUAGAUUUUCAGAGGGUUCAAUACGAGUUGAUGCAAACAUCUCUGUACACAGACCUGGAGAACCACUAGGAACGAGGUCAGAGGUUAAAAAUAUCAACAGCAUCAACUGUCUGAAGAAAGCUAUAGAUUUUGAAAUAGAGAGGCAGAUAGAGGUAUUAGAGAGAGGUGAUGAGGUCGUCAAUGAAACAAGAUCAUUUGAUAAAGAUACUGGUAAAACUGUACCUAUGCGAGACAAGGAAUCUAAACAGGACUACAGGUUUAUGCCGGAACCCAAUCUUCCACCAUUACACCUACACUCCCUUUGUGAUGUCAGUCCUGGUUCCUGUUCCGGUGUAAUAAUAGAUAAUGUGGAGAAAAAGCUGCCAGCAUUGCCAAAUGAGAUUAGAGACUAUCUUAUGAAUAAAUAUGGACUCAAUUUGUAUAGAGCUAAUUUUAUUGUGAAUGGGGAGAUAGUCGAUGUGUAUGAGAAGUUGGUAGCGACUAGGGAUAUUAACAAGUUUACUUCAUUUCUCAUUAACCAUUUCCUUAAUGUUAUACUGGAACAUGAUUCAACAUUUUCUGAGAGUGGUAUAUCACCUGAGUCUGUAGGAGACCUUUAUGACUGGUAUAUAAAUGAAGACCUGUCUCUGUUGAAUGUUCAGAAGAUAAUACGAGGCUUAUUGGAUGGUGAAAGUAAAGAUCCAAAAUAUUUGGCAGACAUGUGGAAUGUAUGGCAGAUAAAUGAUGAUGAAUAUCUCACUGAUGUUUGUAAAAAGAUUAUACAAGAAAACCCUUCUCAGGUGGCUAAAAUCAAGAAAGGAAAGAAGCGUGCCAUAAACAAACUAAUGGGUGAAGCAAGGACAUUGACUAGUGAUAGAGGAAACCUCACAAAAAUGAGCGAAAUUUUCAAGAAACUUAUUCAAGACUGAUUGGAUUUUAUGUGUAAUCUGCAAAUCUAUUAUAACAGUUUUAAAAAUUGAAAAAAAGGGUUAUUUCGAUUCUGAUUAUACAAAAUAAUUAAAUAUACAAUUGUAUUUUACCUUACUGCAGAAGUAACUGCUUUAACUAUUAUUACUGUAAGGCUUUCAAAAAACAUGUCAAAC